CUCAGAACUGGACCAGAGUAAGUUACUCGAGUACUCAUACCUGGUCCACACUAGGCCGUCGCCUUAAAGCAUCCCUCCUGCAUGUUCCUGUCGCGUGUCAGUGGAUUUGCCUCGGGUAGACUCCACCCUCAUCCACGGUGUGCUUCCAUGGGAGCCCUGCUGCACAUUUCGUCAUCAUCGCCGUUACUUCCUUUCUUUGUUGUCUUACACAUGACCCUCAACUCCCUAAUACCCCUCCUCCAUUGGCAGUGACACCAUGAGCACAUCACGCAAUAUCUACAAGGAUGAUAUCGACUUCACCGCCCUUGCCCUGCAGUCCCCGGAUUUCGCAAAGUAUCUAAAAUCCAACGGACAAUUGGACUUUACCGACCCCGAUGCCGUGAGGCAAUUGACCAAAAGUCUGUUACGGCGAGAUUUUGACCUGAAGGUGGACAUUCCGGACAAGAGACUUUGCCCGCCGGUUCCGAACAGGCUGAACUACAUCCUCUGGUUGCAAGAUCUCCUCGAUACCACGGGAGACAAGCACCAGGACAGCUACGACCCCGGUCGGAAGGUCGUCGGACUUGACAUCGGGACAGGAUGUUGCAGCAUCUACACUUUAUUAGGCUGCUCCAUGCGGCCUGGUUGGAGCUUUUUUGCUACUGAUAUUGACGAAGGCAAUAUCGAGUCGUCGCGAGCGAACGUAUCCGCCAAUGCGCUUGACUCGCGAAUCACGGUUGUUAGAACAAACUCAGAGGAGAAACUCAUCCCACUGGACACGAAACUCAAAGUCGACAGGUCUGUUCCAGCCCCUCUUAUGCAUCUGCCCUGCCUCACACCACGAAGACUAGACUUCACCAUGUGCAAUCCUCCCUUCUACGCCUCUCGGGAUGAUAUGCUAGCAUCUGCCGAAGCCAAGGACAGGCCACCCUUCUCGGCAUGCACAGGUGCAGAAGUCGAGAUGGUGACAGCAGGCGGAGAAAUCGCUUUCAUCUCCCGGAUGAUUGAAGAAAGUCUGCAGCUGCGCGACAAAGUGCUCUGGUACACGUCGAUGUGCGGAAAGCUGAGCAGCAUCUCCGUCCUCAUCGAGAAGUUAGUUGGGCAUGGCAACAACAACUACGCCGUGACCGAGUUCGUCCAGGGCAACAAGACUAAACGAUGGGCCCUCGCCUGGUCAUGGACCGAUCUCCGUCCGACAGCGGCCGUGGCCCGAGGCAUCCCUACGAUAUCGAAACACCUCCUUCCAUUUCCCUCCGAAUAUACCUUCACCGCCACGACCGACUCGAUCGAUGAGGUGGCUACCACCGUUGACGGAGAGCUAGGCGCGCUACCCCUCCAGUGGCACUGGCGUAAGAGCCUUGCCUCAGGCGUGGGCUUCGCGAUGCAGAACGUCUGGUCCCGUCAGGCCCGUCGCAAGUUGCGCAACCCCGACGCGAUGGCCGACCAGCCCCCGGUCGAGGAAAGCAAAGCCGCGCUCGGGUUCAGGGUGCAGUCGAAGAAAGAGAUCAGCGACGACAAAGGGGUGAAGGUGAUCAUCCGGUGGAUCAAGGGAACAGACACUGUUCUCUUCGAGAGUUUCUGCGGCAUGCUAAAGCGUAAGAUCAACAGCAAGCCAUAA